AUGGAAAGCGCAAGUACACAAACACCAAAGCCACCACCAAGGCCUUCCAACAGUACUAAACCAAGAACAAACGCGACGCCAAGCGACAAGACACCACCCACAACUUCACCUAGAAGGAUCGACCGUAAAGGCGUCCAAUUUAAAGACCCGGGUAACAGCACCCGAGCGGGAGCUGCUACAGAGAAAGAACAGACAAAACCUGCGAUGACCAGUUCCGGUACCCAGACUAGAGAAACAGGACCAAAACGCGGACGUGAGGAACGCACUAAAGGAAGACGUGAGAACAGACGACACGAUCGUGAGGAGUCCGUGCAUCAUAAACGCGAGGACUCUCUGGACACAGACAGGGAACACCGUCGGGACAGAGAUAGUACCCGGGAUACAGACGUUCGCGAUUCAGACACAGAAAGGGAGCACCACAAGGAAGACAGUAAGGGCUUAUUGGGCAAAAUCUUUAAUCGCACUGGCAAAGGAUCGGAAAAAUCGGAAAAAUCGGAAACUGAUAGACCGAGGACAGGGCACCGGAGUCGUACAUCAAGAUAUAGACAGCCACGUGGACGCGGCGAGGACGCUUCCCCGUCUCACCGUACGUCUUCAGAGAAGAAGAAGGCGGCGGCGGAUGCGGCGAGAGAAAGGGCCGAGAAAGUACACGGCUCAGCGAACGACGAGGAUACAGACCAUGGAACGCGGUCAAGCAGGAGACCCAGAGAUACAGAACGUCAUCGUGGCCCAAUGCUUCAACGAGAAGAGAUCCAGAUGGACAUCGAGGAGGGCGAGACGAAUCGCCUCACUCAACGAGAAGAGGACAUGUCCUCGGUUACAGACAGCACGGCCAGACGCCGUCAAAGCGCUGACUCCGCAGCUGAGUCCAGAGGAGUCCACCCAAGCCACAAGUCGGACAAAUCGAGGCGCGUCUCGCGACUCCUGCACGAGAAGUAUUCUUACAAUAUAGACGUCAAGUUCGAUCCACAGGAGUUCACAUAUGGCGAGAAAUGCUCCUGCUGUGAUCAGGAGAAGCCAUUCCUUAAGUUACCAGUGCCUGCCGAUGUGAUCAGAAGUCUCUGGGAGGACGGUUUAUUCGAUUAA